AUGCGGCCCGCGACUGCAAGGCCGACAAAGGCUUGCGGAAAGCAACGCAGCCCAACAAGUCCACGGAAAAAGAAAACGCGGCCCAACAAGCCGAGAGAACAGCACAGGCCCCCUCUCCCUCUCUCCCCCUGGUCGCCGUGUCGCUCGCAUCUCCGCACGCACCGCCGUCGCCGCCGGUGCUCCCUUCUCCCCCCACACCCCCGCCGACGGCUGUCUGCUACUCCGGUCAUCUCGCCCCGCCGAGGAAGGAAGGGCAUGGCUCUGCGGGCGGCCGCCGCGAGGCUGGCGUCCUCCAGCCUCCGCCGCCGCCACGGCCACCUCCUCCCGGCGGCCGGCACCGCCAGCCACGCGGCCUUCCUCCACUCCCACGCCACCAGCUUCGGAUUCAAGCAGGUGCGCGAGGACGAGAAGAGCAAGCUGGUCGGCAACGUCUUCAGCAGCGUCGCCUCCAGCUACGACGUCAUGAAUGACCUCAUGAGCGCUGGCCUGCACAGGCUCUGGAAGGACAGGCUGAUCUCAAAGCUGAAUCCUUUUCCUGGGAUGAAGCACCUCGACGUGGCCGGUGGGACAGGGGAUGUUGCAUUCCGUGUGGUGGAAAGAAUUAAGAGUGUGAGCCACAGAGCUGCGCAGGGUACUCUUACUGAUAUGGAAGAAGACACUCACAUUUAUGUUUGCGACAUUAAUCCAAAUAUGCUAGAAGUUGGAAAGAAGCGUGCUGCUGAAAAAGGCUACAAUGAGGAGCAGUGCCUUAGUUGGGUACAGGGAGAUGCAGAAGCUCUUUCUUUUGAGGAUGGGUCUAUGGAUGGCUAUACUAUUGCAUUCGGGAUCAGAAAUGUUACACACAUUGAGAAAGCUCUAUCGGAAGCUUACAGAAUUCUAAAGAAAGGAGGAAGGUUCCUGUGCUUGGAGUUGAGCCAUGUGGAUGUUCCAAUUUUUAAAGACAUUUACGACGUCUAUUCGUUUUCUGUGAUUCCGGCUGUGGGAGAGCUAGUUGCUGGUGAUAGGCAGUCGUACCAAUACUUGGUCGAGAGCAUUCGUCGGUUUCCAAAACAGGAAAAGUUUGCUCAGAUGAUCCAGGAAGCUGGAUUUGAGGCGGUCGAAUAUGAAAAUCUGGUGGGCGGUGUAGUUGCCAUCCACUCUGGAGUGAAACUGUAG